AUGAAUUAUUAUAAUAUUUAUUUUGAGUUAACUAAUAGCUCUGACAAAUUAAUAUCUUUCCUUUAAAAUAUUAAAAUUUUUGGUUACAUAAAUUUAGGAGAGCUUCUAGAAGUAGAACUUUUGUGGGAAAAUAUAAAGCAAAAUGAAAAUCCAACCAACUAAGUGAUCAUUUAAGCUUCGCUACUUUAAAUUUUGAUGUAAAGUAUUGUAAAACAUGAGGAUCAAAUAGAGCUUUGCGUUUACUCGAAUCACAUUUACAGUCAACUUUCGAUGAAUCGCUUCCCAUCAUAAGAAAAAGAUCAUAGUUUUGAAGUUUUCCUCUAAAUUAAUACAGAUGAUCAAGUUUAGGUGUGGAGUAAAUUAAAAGGAGAUGGCUCUUUAGCAGGAGAUAAUAUUCAUACUUUGGUUGAUAGAGUUGAAUAAUAAAUCAGUUUUUACGAAGACAGAUGA